AUUACAACUAGUGUGUGAUUUAUAAAAUAAAUGGGAAUUAGAAUAAGAUUCCAGAAUGCUAAUAUAAUUUUUUUAUUAUGGUCAGCCUGAAUAAAGCUGAGCACACAGGCUGUUAUAGCAAUUGAACUUAAUGCUAAAAUAACAAAAUAUACACCUAGCCCUUGUUAUUUUGUACAUUGUGUACUGUACACAAUAUACAAUGUCCUAUGUAUUCUCAUUACAUCUGCUUAAAAAAAUAUUUUAUGGUGUGAAAAGGAACAGAUGAAUUAAAUUUUACAAUGACUUAUUCGUGCCUAUUGUCCAGAGUUCACAGAUUAUUUUACAUACUGGUUGUGUGCUUUGAAACCAAAAACCUAAAUUAUAAUUUUCAUUUUGGGGAAGUUUCAUGGAUCUGUUUCACUAGAAUUUAGACCCUGUAAAAAGGUGUUAUAUUACUAGGUAUUAUGAUUACUGAAAAAACACACCACCUUUUGUCUCUGCAAAGGUUUAUAAAGGAGGAACUGUUAACUACACUAUGGUUAACUAUAAACUUACACUUAAAGUAGUACCUCAAACAACUUACGCAGAGCAAAAUUCAAACGUACAGACAAUAUGAUGCUUUUGACAUUUUGUGUGAUUUUGACUGCUACAUAUGUUGGAGCCUUAGCUCCACUUCCAAAGGUUUGUUACACUCAGUGGUUUGACCGGGACAAUCCCAGUGGGGUGGGAGAUUAUGAAACCUUGGUCCAUUUGAGAGCAGAGUAUCCACAGAAGAUCUGUAACAAACCUCUGACAAUUCAGGCUGCAACACUGACUGGUGUUCCUGCUGAAAGCAUUGGACAAGUGUUUCAAGCGUAUGACACAAUUACUGGCUUUGGCUGUGCAAAUUCUGAACAAAAUGAAGGAUGCUGCUUGGACUAUAAGGUUCGUUUUGGAUGUCCUUGCCCCUGGCCCCAGAACCUAAUCCAAACCCAGACAAAGAUGCCUCUUCCUUAGAUACUAUUCAUAAGCAUGCUUUCUUUUUUCAGCCAUUAUAUUAUACAACUUAAAAUUCUGCUAGUAUGGCUGUGCAGCUGUUUUUUUUUUAAACCAUUAAAUUGUCAGUGAGUAAGUCUUGUUUUGAUUAUACUAAAGGUGAUGAAAUGUAACAUGUUCUUUGUACACUUUUCUUGCUAUGAGUAAUAAAAAUAAA